UUUCCUCUAAUGAAGAUCCAGUGUGACGUCUGUAACCAAAAUGAGGCAUCCGUAUACUGCUCCGCCGACGAGGCCGCCCUCUGCUCCGCCUGUGACCACAACGUCCACCACGCCAACAAGCUCGCCGGAAAGCACCCACGCUUCUCCCUCCUCCACCCUUCCUCUAAAGACUCCACCGUCUGUGAUAUCUGUCAGGAGAAGAAAGCUUUCUUGUUCUGUCAACAAGAUCGAGCCAUCCUGUGCAAAGAUUGUGAUGUUGCGAUUCAUAAAGUCAACCAACAGAAACUAAAUCACCACCGGUUUCUUCUCACCGGAGUUAAGCUCUCUCCGACGGCGUCUCUUUAUUCGCCGUCAACGCCUCCGGCGGCCAUACCCACUGCCAAAAACCAUCACAAACCACUUCCUUCUCCGAUCGUGAAUCAAACUCCUGUUAAAACUCACGACUGUAGUCACCAAGAAUCAAAUGGAUCGGGUCAGGGUUCUACAACGAGUAGCAUAUCGGAGUACUUGAUUGAGAUGCUACCCGGUUGGCACGUUGAGGAUUUUCUUGAUCCUCCUCCAAAUAAUUUCUCAAAGGUUGUUGACAACGACCCGGCGUUGAUUUGGGGUUGCGAUGCACUAGACGGAAGCUUGAAUGCUUCAUUCUCGCCGGAAUCAAUGGGGAUAUGGGUUCCACAAGCACCGCCGCCGGCAUCUAAACCACCAACACCGCCGCCGCUGUACGAUCAUCUGGUUCAACAGUUCGAACCCAGUUCGAAUAUAGGAUUUGGCGAUCAAACAGUGAACGGGUCUUCAAUUGUAUUUGCUCCAAACAAUUACAAUAAUCUUAAUAAGAUGAAGAAAUCGAGCAGAAAGUGGACAUCCGACAAUGGAAAUUGCUUCACUGUUCCUCAGAUCCGCCCUCCUCCAACAACCACCAAGAGAUCAAGAACUCUUUGGCAUUAAAUUACUCGUCAAGAUUCCUUUUUUUCUUGUUUUAUGGUAUUAGUUUUUGAAACUUUAUUUGUUUCGAUCCAAAUGGGUUUUGGUUCUUGGAUCAUUUGGCUCUUUUUUUUGGGAUAAAAUAAAGGUUGUGUACGUAAACCCUGGUUGAAUGGAAUGAUCAAGCUAACGGUAAUUAUGUCCA